AUGCCGACUGCAAGAGCAAAAUUGGGCGACAUCAUAUUGGCCGAAACCGAUACGUGGGAGACAGUGGAAGGAAAUGUAUAUUUUCCACCAUCAGCUAUCAAAGACCAAAAUACUUUUGUGAAAACAGAUACGAAGACGUUCUGCCCUUGGAAGGGCGAGGCAGAAUACUACACCAUCAAUGCCGGUGAUUUCAGUAUUCCAGAUGCGGCGUGGUACUACUCUCGGCCCUUUGAUAAGGCGGCGAAUAUAAAGGACCAUAUUGCUUUUUACUGUCUUGUCAACAACUUCAUGGGCAUCAGCCAGGCCGGCGACCUUCCAUUCCAGAGCCGUACCGUGGUCCGCCAAACAUUCUUCCUCCAUAGCCAUAUCCGCCGCCCAUUGGCAUUGGCACUCUUCCGCUAA